AUGUCCCCAUUUUAUGAUGAAGUUGAUAUCGAAGAUUUUGAUUACGAUGAGUUCACCAAAUGUUACACUUAUCCAUGUCCGUGUGGAGAUUGGUUCGAAAUUUCAAGAGAAAUGGUAGAAGCUGGUGAAGAUAUUGCUAUAUGUCCCACUUGUUCUCUUGCUAUUCGAGUAAUCUAUGACCCAAAUCGGUUCAUGAAGUGGGAAAUUCUACCAAAAAUCGAUAUUCUUCCCAAAAUGGAAAUGGUCAGCUCAUGUAAAAUUCUGGGAUAA